AUGACUUUGUGCCUCGGGUUGCUGGUAUCUGCUAGUCCAAUACGGUUGAAUCAGCGUCACGACGCCACUGGCUAUAAGAGACGUCAAUGGUAUGUCAUACAUGGCUUGUAUACCGCGUCCCAACCUGAACUGUACGGUACUAAGAUUGUCCUUUCCCACGGCGCGAUGGGACGGCGUCCGACUGCACAUGUCCGCCAGAUGGCUGCUAGAGAUUUUAAAUGUGGGAGGUCAGAGUGGACGAUUCAACGGCGAUUCAACGACGUAAUUCAGAGGCGAUUCUGGUUAUCAGAAGCGUGGGAAGACGCCGAAGCGCAUCUGAAUCUUUGA